CUUCAUCUUAGUUAAGCUUUUCAACGAUUAUUAGCUGGUUUAGGUCAUGGGUUAUUUGUGACUAGGGUUUACGAUUUUGGGGUAAUUUCAAAUUUUUAUUUUACGUAAUAGUAAUGUACUGUUAUUUGGAUGAAAAAUACUACUGUUUUUUUGUUUAAGGUGUCAUUUUCGAGCAUAGGGAUCAGUCACGAUUCUGUGAAUUUUUUUAAGGUUCUGUGUUGUAUUUGGGAUGAUUAUUCUGAAGCUUCUUGGAUGAUAUUUAUGUGUGGGUCUUCUAGCCACUCUGUUUUUCCAUGUUGCUCAGGGUAUGUUUUCUUGUGCCAUCUGUUAGUUCUGAGGCAUUUAUGGUCCCAAAAAGUUACGGCAAGGAUAUUUUUAGCACCAAAAGCAAACGGAGGGUAUAAUUGAGCUAUUUCCGAUGGUUACAGUAAAUUUAUCUUACUAAAAGUGAAAAAAAGGAGAGGAGAUGGAUCCGGAUUCAGUGAAAUCAACUCUCUCUAAUUUAGCAUUUGGAAAUGUAAUGGCUGCUGCUGCUCGUGAUUACCAGAAGGAAGUGCUGGCUCAAGAGAAGGCACAAGCAUCAUCUUCUGUUAAUCAAGACAUAGAUCUUGAUGAACUGAUGGAUGACCCUGAGCUGGAAAAAUUGCACGCAGAUAGGAUUGCGGCUCUCAAGAAAGAAGCAGAGAAGCGACAAGCUUUAAAAAGGCAAGGGCAUGGAGAAUAUAGAGAGAUUAGUGAAGGAGAUUUUUUGGGUGAAGUUACUGGUAGUGAGAAAGUGAUUUGUCACUUCUACCAUCGGGAGUUCUAUCGCUGCAAGAUCAUGGAUAAGCAUUUGAAGUCUCUUGCACCAAGACACAUUGAUACAAAGUUCCUAAAGUUGGAUGCUGAGAAUGCUCCUUUUUUCGUUACAAAGCUGGGAAUUAAAACUCUACCAUGUGUCAUCUUCUUCAGGAAUGGAGUAGCUUCAGAUAGGCUGGUUGGUUUUCAAGACUUGGGAGGAAAAGAUGAUUUCAGCACGCGGACUCUGGAGGGUCUUCUGUUAAAGAAAGGAAUCAUCAAAGAGAACAAGGAAGAAGAAGAUGAUGAUUCAUAUGGUGAAAGAAAUAGGACAGUGAGAUCGUCAAUCAAUCCAGAUUCUGAUUCAGACUGAUGAGUGAUUAGUGGUCACCAGUUUUGAAUCAAAUGACUAUUCAUCAGCUUUUUUUGUUGCUGGUUUAUUUUGUUUUAUUUUUUAUUUUUUUUAAUCCUUGGGAUGCCUCGGAGUAUCUACUACAAAGUCUUUGCUUUUCUUGAGA